AUGGGUCUACCAUCAGCAGGAACCAGCCUGCGGCGAUCUCUGCAGGAUCCACAGGUAUUCAUCACAGCCCCAGGAGUAUAUGACGGAGUGUCAGCACGGCUAGCACUAGCAGCAGGCUUCGAUGCGCUUUAUAUGACAGGCGCCGGAACAGCCGCCUCGGUACAUGGCCAAGCAGACCUCGGAAUCUGCACGCUGAACGACAUGCGAGCGAACGCAGAGAUGCUAGCAAAUCUCUCCCCGCACACACCGCUGAUUGCCGACGCCGACACCGGCUACGGCGGGCCGAUCAUGGUAGCCCGCACAACGGAGCAAUACGCGCGGUCCGGCGUCGCGGCCUUCCACAUCGAGGAUCAAGUACAAACCAAGCGAUGUGGACACCUCUUCGGCAAGCAGCUCGUCGAUACGGAUACCUACACCAGCCAUAUCCGAGCGGCUGUCCAAGCGCGCGAACGCUUAGGCAGUGAUAUCGUGGUCAUUGCGCGGACAGACUCGCUGCAGCCGCAUGGCUAUGAAGAGAGUUUGGCGCGGCUGCGGGCGGCUAGGGACGCGGGCGCGGACGUCGGGUUCUUAGAAGGCAUUUCGUCAAGGGAAAUGGCCCACCGGGUUGUGGCCGACCUUGCGCCGUGGCCUUUGCUGUUGCUGUUGAAUAUGGUGGAACAUGGGUCCACGCCUUCCAUUUCUGCCAAGGAGGCCAAGGGGAUUGGAUUUCGGAUUAUUAUCUUCCCACUUGCGACUCUGGGUCCGGCUCUCUUGGCUAUGAGGGAGGGCUUGAAGAGAUUGAAGCUCGAUGGCUUGCCUGGUCUUGACGAGGAGUUGACGCCCCGCAUGUUGUUUAGAGUUUGUGGGCUGGAUGAUAAUUUGAAGUUGGAUGCGGCCGCUGGUGGUGUUACGUUUGACGGUGGCGUGGAGUUAAGAUAA